AAGUUUGUCACUCUGGAGAACUGAUUUGAUUCACUGUCAGCUACUAGGCCUGUUGCUAUGGGAACAUGUAGCUUCCUUCAGGACCUUGCUAGUGUGCCUCAGCAGUUUAGUGUCUCUCUCUUUUAAGGCUUCCCACCAAAAGGGGUGCUGUGAAAUCCUCUCUCCUGCACUGCAGCCAACCUUCCAAGAGACCACUCUCCUCAGUAUAUCUUGAGCAAAAAGAAACGGGGGGGGGGGGAAGGGGAAGACCCCAAGAUUUCUCUUUUCUUGAAUAAGAAGAGCCUUUUGAGUGAGAAUCGUUGACAAAGCUUAGGUGAAUUGUGAAAGAGAUUGGAGGGAAAACGAAAGCCUCCCUGAGAAACAACGGGUAUAUUUAAAAACAAAAACCAUAAUGGUGAAGAGAAAUAGAGGCACCCUCUCCUCCUACUAGAAACAUAUUCAUAAUGGGAGUGAGAGGACUGGAAAAAUGGGGAUCCUCAAAUCUAGGGGGAGAGAUGCCACCACUCCCUGGGGCGAUGUGGAGAGAGGGAAUCGCAUGUAUGGAGAGAGACCGCACACUUUCACAGAGUGGAAGAGAAUGCCAAGAAGUACCCAGGAGGCAUAGGGAAAGACUUAUGAUUGCACUGCCCCUGGAAGGGACAAAUCGAUCAGACUCCUUGGAGAGAAAUGAAAAAGAGAAAAACAGAUGCAAACACAGGGAAGAGGGAUCCCUGAAUGACAGAGCUAUAAUAGCUUUAUCUCCAGAUCAAGCUGCAAAGCAGAAGAAUGGCGUAGCAAAUGGAGGCAUCUACAAAAGACCAAUUAAGGAAUCCUUUGAAACACCACCAAUCUAUAUUGCUGUCUUUACAUUUGUGGGUUUUGCAGUAGGAACACUAUUUGGCUACCUAAGAGACUUGUUGAGAGCCUGUGGAAUACAAAAAUGUUACAUGGCUACAGAACGGGAAGAACAAAAGGAUUUUGUUCCACUUUAUCAAGAUUUUGAAAACUUUUUUACAAGAAACCUCUAUAUGAGAAUAAGAGACAAUUGGAACCGUCCUAUCUGCAGCGUUCCUGGACCACAGUUUGACCUGAUGGAACGUGUUUCAGAUGACUACAACUGGACAUUUAGGUUCACUGGAAGGAUAAUCAAGAAUGUGAUCAACAUGGGUUCAUAUAACUACCUCGGCUUUGCAGAAACUGAACCUAAUGCUUUGAAAACUGUGGGUACUGUAUUACAUAAAUAUGGCACAGGAGUAUGCAGCACCAGACAGGAAAUGGGCAACCUUGAUAAGAACGUGGAACUAGAAAAUCUAGUAGCAGAAUUCCUUGGUGUUGAAGCAGCUCUGGCAUUUGGCAUGGGCUUUGCUACAAAUUCUAUGAAUAUUCCAGCACUGGUUGGGAAGGGAUGUCUUAUUUUAAGUGAUGAAUUGAACCAUACUUCACUUGUUCUUGGUGCAAGACUCUCGGGUGCUACCAUUAGAAUUUUCAAGCACAACAAUAUGCAGAGCUUAGAGAAGUUGUUGAAGGAUGCAGUAAUUCACGGACAGCCUCGAAGUCGAAGAGCAUGGAAAAAAAUCCUCAUUCUAACAGAGGGAAUUUACAGUAUGGAAGGCUCCAUUGUUCGCUUGCCAGAAAUAGUUGCCUUGAAGAGAAAAUAUAAAGCCUACCUCUACUUGGACGAAGCUCACAGCAUAGGUGCUAUCGGCCCAACGGGCAGGGGAGUCGUGGAGUACUUUGGAAUGGACCCUAACGAUGUCGAUGUGCUGAUGGGAACAUUUACUAAAAGCUUUGGAGCAGCUGGAGGAUACAUAGCUGGCAAAAAGGAAUUAGUGGACUACUUACGGACUCAUUCCCAUAGCGCCACAUAUGCUACAUCUAUGUGUCCUCCUGUGGUGGAACAAAUCAUAAGAGCCAUGAAAUGUGUCAUGGGAUUAGAUGGAACCACACAAGGGCGUCAGCGAGUCCAUCAGCUAGCAGAAAAUACAAAUUACUUCAGACGGAGACUGCAUGAACUAGGCUUCAUUAUUUAUGGCAAUGAGGAUUCCCCCGUUGUCCCUCUGCUCCUCUAUGUACCUGGCAAAAUUGGGGCUUUUUCAAGACUCAUGUUAAAAAGAAAUAUCGGGGUGGUGGUGGUUGGCUUUCCAGCUACCCCAAUCGCAGAAGCCAGAGCUCGGUUUUGUGUGUCAGCUUCUCACACGCGGGAAAUGUUGGACACGGUCUUGACUGCUCUGGAUGAACUGGGUGAUUUUUUGAAGCUGAAAUAUUCCCAUCACUCCAGGUCAUCUCGUCCUGAACUAUAUGAUGAAACGAGCUUUGAACUUGAAGAUUAAGCUCCCCUCCCAUGAAGAAAACAUGAUGUUACCAGAGCGGGGGGAAGGAACCUCAACAGCAAGAAUGCAUUUCUUCCUUUCUAAGGACAGUUCUUGCUUCUCAGUUAAUUGAACUCAGAGAAGCACUGUUAUAUCUUACUGGAUCAGAUUCUGUGUGCAAGAGACUGGAAUCCUGCUACAGAUUUAUCCCCAUCAAGAAAUAGGAGUUUUAGUAUGUGACACAAAAGACUGUUCCUUUAAGUCAGUUGCUAUUGUCCAGCUCUUGUUAUGGGCUUUUUCACAAGCAGGCUUUUCUUAAUUAUAAUUAUAUUUUAUUUUAUUUUUAAAUGAUUUGGAAAUUAGUAUGUUAGUCAAAGAAGAGUUUCAUGUUAGAUUGACUUCACCUGUAGCACAGCAUUUCUGCAUUGCAGUGGACAUGGGUUUAGGCAGAGGAAAUGGCAGGUAGACCUUCCCUUGUCCUUACUCGUAGAUGAUGAGAGAGUCAUUCAGGGCCCUACUUAACAUUAACCAUUUCUGGCAGCAGAUUUUGUGGGAGGGGGAAGGAGCUACAACUAAUCUUUGCCACUUGGUUUAUAAUUUUAAAUAAAUAUUUUAAAUGUGUGUUCAAUUUGGCAAGAAAAUGUGUGCCACAAAAUGCUUGGCUAUAUUCAUCAUUCUGAUCCUUACACAGUUGGGCCUUGAAUGCUUAAAGUUAGAGAAAAAUAUAUCUUACAGCAGGUUUAAAAGGAUUUCACGCACCGUUUUAAUAACCAUUUAACUUCCCUGUUUGCGACAUACAGUACAUGCCCUUGCAUUACAGAAAAAUACAGCUAACAUUGCCAAGUUUACUUCUCUUCUUCUUGAGGUUCUUGCAGGCUCAGGAAAAGUACUUGUAUGUUUGCUCACUUUGGCUGUCAGUUCCACAGAAUAUGAUACUUAAGAAGCUUGCAGUUUGUGGCCCUGCCACCUGUUAAAUUGAAAGAUCUCUGGGACCUUUUUAUAUUGCUGUUUCCAUGAGAUAUCCUUCACACAGCUGGAGAUGGUGUUCUUGUUUUGCUAGGAGAUAUAUCCAUCUGUGCAUGUAUUGUUGGUUUUUAAUUUUUUCAGAUGUUGAGUUUCUAGUUUAAGCAAAUUGACCAGUGAUCUGAAAGGAGCCUGAGAGUUGGGAAGAACAGGUGGAUGAAGUCUCACUUCUGCUGCACCCACUGAAUGAGGCCAGGACUGAUGGCAAAAUAUCACCCACUUCAGGCUGCUUCCAUGUGAAAUGAAGUUCUCUGGCCUCAGCAGCAAAGGUCUUUGUAGUCUGUACAACUUUUAUUUAAAGUAACUGGUUGAAAGUCAUUUCUGUAGCUUUGAGGGAGCUGCAAACCAUUCUGCCGUGCCUGAUAGCACUGUAAACACGUCCGAUCAAGAGAUGGUUAGCUUUCUGUUGCACAGAUGUACGUCGCUUUCAUGUUCUUGAAAGCUGCGGUAUCCACUUAACCCACAGCUGCAAAAUUAGAUUUAAGAACAGAACAAUUAUAUUGUGGAAUAGCAAUUACAGUAUAUGACUCCCCUGCUUGUUAAAGCAGCUUUGAGGAUAAAGCAAGGCUGAUCAGUUAUGAGGUCCCUUUUUGUUGUUCAAGUUAAUAAAAUUCAAUGCUGCUAUAAUGUUAAGAAUGGACCGCAACACAUUCCAGGAUAUCGGAUGUCUGCUUCAAAAGUGUAUUUGUGGACAGGGGGUGGGGUGAGUUGUGCUGUGUUGCAUGAUUGUUCACAACGGCAGAUGAACUUGAAAAACACCAAAGGGGGACAAAAGGAGCCGUGUUUGUACAUUAUACUAAAACAACUGUAUAAAGAUUAAAGAAUGUGUUUUGGGUUUUUUUAA